AGGCCUCCGGCUCCGUCUGCUCGGGUGCCAGCGGUAGCAGCAGCAGCAGCAGCACAGGCUCCUCGGGCCCGGCGUUGUUGGGUCCCUCUCCUCCCUUCCUCCGGCUGGUGAGGCCUGCCCGUGCUAUCCGCCGCCCGGGGCACGGCAGGCGGGGCACCGCAGGGCACAGCAGGGCACCGCAGGGCACCGAGGCGGGGGCCCGUGGGCGGCAUGGGGGAGCCCGACUGCAGGGUCCUGUCCAUCCAGAGCCACGUUGUCCGGGGCUACGUGGGAAACCGGGCGGCUGCUUUCCCCCUGCAGGUUUUGGGAUUUGAAAUCGACACGGUGAACUCUGUCCAGUUUUCAAACCAUACAGGUUAUGCGCACUGGAAGGGCCAGGUCUUGAAUUCCGACGAACUUCAUGAGCUCUAUGAGGGUCUUAAGCUGAACAAAGUGAAUAAAUAUGAUUACGUGCUCACUGGCUACACAAGGGAUAAGUCAUUCCUGGAAAUGGUGGUGGACAUAAUCAAGGAGCUGAAGCAGCAGAACUCGAAGCUGGUGUACGUUUGUGAUCCAGUGAUGGGUGACAAGUGGAAUGGAGAAGGCUCCAUGUAUGUUCCAGAAGACCUCCUUCCAGUCUACAAAGAGAAAGUGGUUCCCGUGUCAGAUAUAAUCACUCCAAAUCAGUUUGAGGCUGAGUUACUUACUGGCAGGAAGAUUCACACUCAAGAAGAAGCUUUAGAGGUGAUGGACCUGCUGCAUUCCAUGGGGCCAGAGACAGUUGUCAUCACCAGCUCAGACCUGCCAUCUUCUUUAGGGAGUGACUACCUGAUUGCUCUGGGGAGUCAGAAGAAAACAAAAUCUGACGGCUCCAAAGUGACGGAGAGAAUCCGAAUGGAGAUGCGUAAAGUGGAUGCAGUGUUUGUGGGGACUGGAGACUUGUUUGCUGCCAUGCUGCUGGCUUGGACACACAAGCACCCCAAUAAUCUCAAGGUGGCGUGUGAGAAGACCGUGUCAGCCAUGCAUCACGUUCUGCAGAGGACCAUCGAAAGCGCCAAAGCACAAGCUGGAAAAGGAAAGAAGCCCAGCCCAGCUGAACUGGAACUGAGAAUGGUCCAAAGCAAAAAAGACAUAGAAAACCCGGAGAUCAUAGUGAAAGCCACUGUUCUAUAAAGGCUGUGAGAGGAGUGUGUAUGUGUAUGUGAGUGUGUGUGUGUGUGUGUGUGUGUGUGUGUGUGUCACCCAGUAACACACAAUGUAUUAAUAUCUUCCUUUUCUUUCUUGUUAAAAUGUCAUGUCUGCCCUAGGUCUGUGACUAAAACUCAAAUAUUAUCUCUCUCAUGAAAUGGUUUCCCGCAUCAGCACAGUUCUGCUGGAAUGAGGAUAGGUGCUGGGGUAGGUGCUGCUUAGCAUUGAUUGAAAACAAACAAAAAUCCUCACAUUUGAAAAAAGAAAAGCUGACUCAGUACUGUCACUGAGACUACUAGUUAUCAAGAUGCCCCCCCCAGCCCAGUUCACUUGACCUCUUUACUACCUUAGGAUUUCAGACAGUUCUCAGAUCUCAUCCCAACACCCUUCAUUGGCUCUACUGAAAUGAAUAAAAAAAACCCCACAGAGCACCAAGUUAGAUUGGACAAUUUCAGCUGUUGGGAGGAAAUGGACCAGUAUGAUAUUUGAUCUCAUGCAGAGCCAAUGGGGUUGACUCCCUUACCCAUUAUGAUGGUUAACUGAGAGACUUAGUUUCUUGAUAAGUGAGAAACUCAGUGGGUUAAAAUUGCUCUGCCACUGAGGGGGUCUCCUGGAGACUUUAAGCAUUCUGUUUGGGAUAAACCUUUUGGAUUUUGUUAUUUGCCCCCCUGUUUCUGCAGAAGACAUCAAAGCAUCCUUUUCCUGGAUGGGCUACUUAUUUGGUGCCUGGACACCAUAAAUAUUCCCUCUUCCUCCAGUCCUAGAGGAAAAGAAGCUAAAUAUUUUUAGCCUAGGGCUGUUGGAAGCAAACCAUCUAAGUCCCUGAUUCUUCACAGACAUUUUACCGAAAAGCCUCAUCCGAGAAGAGGUUGUAGGGGUCAACAUUGAGGCCUUGAGCAUCUUUAUCAGGAAUCUGAUGAUGUGAAGUCAGCUGGACCCUUUAUCAUUGAUGGGGCUUUGGGCAGUGCUAAGAGCAAAGUGACAUUCCUGGUUAGCCCAAAUGGAUGUAAAACACUAACACUUCAAGGAAGUGUUCUGUGCAAAUGCUUUUAACUAGAGAUUCUGAUUUUAACUAUGGAAGGCAGUGGUGGUGAAACCCCAAUCUUGCUUGGAUUUCCAAUUUGGGGGUAUUUAUAGUGUUUCCUUAAUACUGGAGGCACUGGUAGAGCACAGGGAAAUCACAGUGUCUGUGGGGAAGUAGAGACAGGCCCAGUGACCAGAUACAUAUAAAAUCUAGGCCCCACUGAGCCCAGAGAGGAUGAUGGGGCUCUGUCCACACUGUCUCCACCUCCCCCUAUCCCCCCAGCUCUGGGCAUUACUGGCAGCAACAUGCUUAAAAAAAUAUAACAAUAGCAAUAAGCCCUUGGUGUUUGGAGCACUUUUAUUCCCAAAGCACUCUCACAGAACGUAUCUCACGGUGGUCCCAACGACAGCUUGGUGAGGUAAGAAGAAAGGCAGGUAUUAUCCCCAUUUUGCAGUUUAGAAACUGAGGCUCAGGGAGGUCAAGUGACUUGCCCAAGGUCACCCAGAUGGCUGAUGGCAGAGCUGGGACUUGAACCCAGGCCCUCUGGCUUCCAGACUGACAUUUUUCUGCUUCACAGGGGAGGCCCUGGAAAGGAGCCUGGGAGGGGGAUGAGUGCAGGGUGCUAUGGGGCAGCCCGGCCUUUUGUGACCCUUCCAAGAAGUGGAGGCUCAAAUAGGGCCAUUGCACAUCACCUGCUCCUCGUAUUGAGGUGCUGUCCAAGCUCUCGAUUGCCGCCUCUUCUCCUUGCUUCCUCCUGCCCAUUCUGUCCCAUGGGACGUCACCUACCUGGUUUCUUGACUUGUUUUUAGUAAUUGCUCUUCCCUUGCCCCCAGUGGAAUGGGACAAGGUGGUACAAUAGGAUAUAGGGUCUGUGUUCCAAAUCGAGCAAGUUUCCUCUGAGACUGUGCUCCCCUGGAGGUGUGGGACUCCCGUUGGCAUCCAUGGCUCUGCCCCCAAAAGCAGUCUGCUUGAAAUCUCCUUCCCACUUGGUGAGGCCUGAGCCAGGAAGGAUAUUAUUUGAAAAGCUCUCCCCUGCUCAAUUCCUGCUACAGUAGGUACUGGCUGCCCCUCCGCUUGCUUAGAGUGACCCACUGUCCAGCUGGGUCAAACUGGGGAGUUUGGGGCUUUAUGUGCAUCGCCAAUAUCAGGUGAGAAAUAAGCAGCAGAGUCCUGCCAGUUCCAACCAUCCUUGGAGUCUGGGAAAGAGGGGUCAAAUCCUUUUGACCCCUCUCACCUUUAUACGCUGCCACAUCAGAUGUCACUCAUGAGCUGUGCUGCUAGAAUAGAGCCUGAGAGCUGACCGUAACAUGCUGUCCUUCCACGUGGUCUUUCCGGAAUGACUCAUUUCAUGAUUAAUUACGUUAUUUGAACCCUGAAGCAGAGGGAAUUUCUACUACUCAAAACAUACCAUUCUCAUGUUUAAAUUUUCAUUUCACUUUUUUUUUUUUUUUGGUAAAAUCACUUGGCGUUUCGUUGAUGGGUGCCUCCAGUGGCUUUCUAGAGGUUUUUGCUCCAGUAAGGCCUAAGGCCACAAAGCUGUCGAUUCCAUUUCAAGGCAAGUAAUCCAGUGUCCUAGAAUUGAGGUGACAGAUUCAGGAGGUUUUUCUGCCCUGUAUAGCUAGAAGCGAUAUACGUUCCUUGCGACGCAAGAGAGGGGAGAUGACAUGCUUCUUGCCAUCCUGGAUUACUUGUUAAAAUGUUCCUGUCACUUGCAAACCCGCCCCAGAGAUGCUGUGUUUCCACUACAGACUCAAGAGCCCAGAGGAACACUGAUCUUCAUUGGUGAAGUCUGGGUCUUUUAUGGAGCUGUUAGGUGGAAACAUUGGGCCCAUCAAAUAGAAUCGGGCAAAAUAGAACAUUUGGGUUGUAAUGGUGAAACCAGACGUCUUUAGAAAAUGAAAGGGUUAGCUUCCCAAUUCAGAUACAGUAGCUCAUACGGCACUGUAACAUUGAAGGGACAUUUGAGAGAUACGUUAAUACGAUUAUUUCAUGCAACAUUAUCCUUUUGGGUGAAUAUUCUCCUGGUAGGAGCGCCCUUUUUAGUUAGCUUAGGCUCCAAAGAAAAUGGGUGCACAUUUGUCAGUCCUGCACCAAAUCUAAUAUAUACAUAUAUAGUUAACAAGACCAGUUUACCCUUUUAAUCCCUUCUGGUGGUAAUCCCAACCAAAUUGUGGCUGUCAAAACCUCUUGUAAAUCCUCCCAUCUCUUGCCACUGCUUUAUAUUUAGGAAACCACCCUGUCAUUCAGAUGUAGGAAAUGAGGAUUGCAUGUCAGGUCUCAUUUUAAAAUGCUUGCAUUGCCUCUUAGAGGAAAAAAAAAAAGCAAUUAAACUAAGCAAAUGAAUAUGAUUCCCAAUUGCAAAGAUCUUCAUUUCUUCGCACAGAGCUUGACAUUCAAGAUGAUUGCCCAGCAAUAAUUAUAGCCCCUACGGGAAAAACACAAAAGGAUGUGUUGAAAUAUCCUGACUUUUAUGUAGCUUAUUAUAUAGUUGUAGGAGGCUUUGGGGAAAUUCUGAACACUUUUAUUUUCUAAUACGGAGCUACCAAAAGGCUGUUCUUUUUAGCUUGGAUCAUUUAUUUGGGAAGUAUACCUACAGUCACCUAGCAAUGAUGGAACGGUGCAAUCUCUCUCUAAAUACGCAGCUCGUGAAAUUGAAUGUCAUCAGUAGCACUGUUGAACAGCUCGUGGGAGAGUGUGCCCAACAGCCACAAUAGUCAGUUUACCUCAGUUUUUGGUUAUGGGGUCCAGGAAGAUGCCAACAGAGACCUGACUUUUAUUACAAGAAGGGAUAAAUGAAGCAGGCCAGAUCACUUCUAGGCCUUGGUUUUAUAUUCAGAAUCUGUCGGCACUGUUUGGGGCCUCAUUUUCUCAGUCCUUCCUCGGGCCAGCUAGUUCCCAAUUUUAGCUUAAGGAAAGCUAACGAAGUGUGGCCCUUUUGAGAUUAGCUUAUUUUCAUCUAUUAUCUGGCUCUACUCUGAUUGUACUAGUCUAUUUUAAUUUGCUCUAUGUGUCGAGAAACGUUGUAAAAAUGAUCUAUGUUUAACAUACUGUGCUUAAAAAAUUGAGCCUAUUUUUAAGGAUGUUGAUGAUUUCAGAAUAGACCAAACUUGGGUUGAUUGCACUGACACAGAAAAGUGGGUUUAGGGUUUUCUUAGUGUGGGGUGGAGGAGGCAGAGGGCAGCCUACACUGUGAUGCCUGAAGUGCCCUGAUGUAAAAAGAAUGAAUUUAUGAUUGGAAAAUAAAUACAUAUAUUUAUUAGCAUUU